UAGUGCUGUUACCACAUAAAAAUGGUUUUGCUGCUUUUCCAAUGUUGCAUUAAUUUGGAUUUGAAAUAUUUUUAUUGUACAUGCUACCUAUUCAAUGUACAGGGUUUUAAAUUAACAUGGAGAAAAAAACAAGUCCUUGGAUGGUGGUUCGUUUUACAAAAGAAAAUUGUGUGGAAAUGAUACCUAGCAAUUGGUACAUGUCCAAAUCGUCAAAGUGUUAUUGGCCUCCGAAAAAAUCAAAUAAGGAAAUAAAGAACCUUUUAUUGCAAAGACAUUCUCCAUCAAAAGAUUGGGCGUUAUUUGAUGUUGUUCUCUUAGGACAAUAUGCUGAUGUAAGUAAGGCUAGCAAAAAGGCUUCCAAAGCUAGAGAAACCGAUGAAUUAACAACCACAUGUGAUGAAAAUGUUGAGAAUGUAAAAAGAAGAAGGAACAAAAAUAGGAAAUAUAGUUCGUCAUCUAACUCAACUGAUUCUGAGGCAGAGUCAGUGGACGAUAAUGAUUACCCUACUCCACCAAGAUCAACCGAUGCUAGUCUCCAUCAUGAAAAAGAACAAAGUUCACGAGCCUCAUCGAAAGGAUCAACUGUGUCAGCUGUAUCAUUAUCUUCAGAUUUGAGGCAUGAUGUGAAGCAACCCCAAAUUAAAUCUUCAUCAAAUAAGUCUACCCUUAUGUCAAACAAGGAUUCGAAGAAUUCCAGAGACAAGUGUUGCGACAACUGCAUUUGAUUAAUGCAAAACUCAACCAACACUCAGAAAAUUUCAAUGUCAUAUUGCAAGGCGUUAACAAUCCUACAUUACCUGGCAAUGUAGCAGUUGUUCCUAUAUUUGACUUGGGAGAAGUUAAAGAUUUACUUCCAAUUUCAUCCGAGACAAAUUUGAACAAAAUAGAAGAAUUGCUUGCCAACAAGGAUUGUGCCUCUUCAUUUUAUCUAGGGUAUAUCAUUCGUCAGAACAAGAUUUCUAAAUGUCCAAAAAAGGUAGACGCGAUCAACAGUGUUCCACGUCCUCGAAAUGCAGAUGAAGUACGUAGAUUUUUGGGAAUGGUUACAUACUAUUCUCGUUUCAUACCAGAUGCAUCAACCAUGACACAUCCACUUAGACAAUUACUGCGUAAGGACAAACAAUUUUUUUGGUCGUCAUCAUGCGAAUCAGCUUUUAUCAAACUGAAAACCGAAAUAUCAAGUGAACGGGUACUGGUUCCCUUCGAUCCCAAUUUACCAAUUACACUUGCGUGUGAUGCAAGCCCAACAGGCAUUGCGGGAGUAUUAUCAAACAUUAUCGACGGAGUUGAACGACCUGUAGCGUUUAUAUCCAGAUCACUGACACAAGCCGAAACAAAUUAUAGUCAGCUUGAUCGCGAAGCUCUUGCCAUCGUGUUUACAGUGGGCAAAUUCUACAAUUAUAUUUAUGGUCAACCAUUUACCCUAAUCACGGAUAAUCGUCCUUUAACAAGAAUCUUUCAUCAGAAUGCAAAACUGCCAGCGAUGACAUCAGCUCGUUUACUUCGUUAUGCUGCCUUUCUACAACAGUUCAAUUAUGAAGUCCAACAUCGGAAAGCCGAAGAUCACGUCAAUGUUGACUUCUUUUCAAGAGCACCUUCUAAUGAAAAAUCAAUUGGAAUAGAAACAACAUUAGACCAAGAGUUACAGAACUUAAAUGACCAGGUGAUAAAUCAAAUUUCAACUUAUUCUCUCACAAGUACAUCAAUCGCAUUCGAAUCUCAGCAAGAUCCAGAACUGUCAAAAAUAAAGGAAAGCCUUAUACAUGGAAAUCUCAAUAAUCCAGACUACAGUCUUCACGAUGGAGUUAUAUUCAAAGGCCAACGUGUAGUAAUACCAACGAGCCUUCGUGCAGAAGUUUUAAAGGAGUUGCACCAUACACAUGUCGGUAUCGUCAAAAUGAAGCAGUUAGCCCGGAGGUAUUGUUAUUGGCGAAAUAUCGACAAGGAUAUCGAAAAUCUUGUUCGACAAUGCGAAAAUUGCGCCCUCAUCAAAAAAGAUCCUGUAAAAGCUCCAGUACACCACUGGGAUGAGCCCAAGGAAAACUUCGAACGAGUCCACAUCGACUAUGCAGGACCCUUUCAGGGAUUCUAUUUCCUCGUACUCGUUGAUUCAAAAUCCAAAUGGGCAGAAGUCAAAGUAAUAAAAGAAGCACCAACUUCAGAAUCGACAAUAUACCUUUUGCAAGACAUUUUUAGUGUACAUGGAUUGCCAAGAAAUUUGGUAUCAGACAACGCCACAAUUUUCCAUAGUGAUACAUUUCAAACAUUUUGUAGAGAAAUAGGAAUCAUGCAAAAGAUUAUUGCACCAGGGCACCCUGCCACAAAUGGUCUCGCUGAAAGGAAUAUUCAAACCCUUAAGCAGAAACUUACAGCCAUGGCAGACGAAAAGCUCUCGAUGAACCAGAAAGUGCGUGAGAUAUUGUACCGAUAUCGAGGCACACCAUUGAAUUGCGGUAAAACACCAGCUCAACUUUAUCUUGGAAGAGACAUUCGACUUAAGCUAGAUGCACUACGUCCAUCAAAAGAACCUGCCAGUAAACCAGCUGACCUUCCCCGAGUUCGAAACUUCAGCGUGGGAGAGAGAGUCCAAGUUCGUUGGUACACUAACCAGAAGCCUACAUGGAAAUUUGGAGUAGUUCUAAAGAAUGUGCAACCGAAGAAGAAGGUCACAUUCCAGGACAACAUCGAAGACCAACCCAAGCCAAUGGAAUUAGAAGAAAUUAUUAUCAGACCCGACAAUUAUGCUGCAGUUCCAGACCAAGGAAAUGUUCCUGUGAUGGCUCCACCAGCCGAAGCUGUUCCUCAAGCGGCUCCGCCAGCUGUUCAAAUUCGAAGGUCACAAAGACAGCGCCAGGUUCCGAGACAUUUUCAAGAUUACGUUCGAGACUGAUCAUUUUCGAAAUAUUUCAUAUUGUAUUAUUUUUCAUAUUUCAGUAAUCGUUAUGUUUUUAUUUAGCGUGGGAGACUAUAAUGUAUUUAUUCAAUGUUUAUUAUGUCAAUGGAAUUUCUAUAUUUUUCAAUAUCUAUGGUUGUCGCCUCCUGGCGGUAGACAGAAAAAUGACAAGCAUGUAAUGGUACCACGCGAGUAUUCUUUACUUCAUUUAUGGAAUAAAUAGGUCAAUAAAGUGGGAAGUGUGUUUUCAGUGCUCAUUAACAUUUACCAGACCUUCUAAUCACAAAAACAUAAUAUGGCGUUACUCAGGAAAUUUAUCAAAAUAUUU